GAAAACAGAUCGAGCUUGGAAUUUUGGAGAGAGCAUGUACGGGAAAAAAAGAAAUGGAUAUGGUGUAUCUUGUCUGUCAUCUUCUCAUUCGAAGUUUUGAAGCUCAACAGGAUAUGGAAAAAGCGCGAACCUUUCUUCUCCAAUUGCAACAGUGACGCAUUGAAUGCCACUCAGUUGAUGGAAUGAUAUGAAGACAUAUAGAUUGCGGAGGCUCGCUGAAUGUUGUCAUGCAAAAGCAGAACAUUCUAUAUUCCAAGGCCUCUUUCGGUUUUGGAAGGAACCCAGAUAGACAACUUGAUUGUAGAAUUCCUUGUGUAGCUCCAAGCAUGCUUCCUUGUAGAGGUAAUGAGAAGUCUUGUCUUAUGAAGGCAAAAUUCCCCUCUAUCACUAAAUAUGCAGGCUUGAAUUUUCCAAAAAACAACGUUGCUUCGCGGCCUGGGAGAAUCAAAGCCGUGGUUGAUGAAAACCCAGGUGAAUUAUCCGAUGAAGAUGAUGAUCUCUGUCCUGUGGACUGUGUUAGAGAAUUCAAGACUGAUGAGGAAUUCCUUAGAAUUCUUGAGAAGGCCAAAGAAACUGAUUCUUUAGUGGUGGUAGAUUUUUAUCGCACUUCUUGUGGAAGCUGCAAGUAUAUAGAGCAGGGGUUUGCAAAAUUGUGCAAGGGUUCUGGUGAUCAAGAGGCCGCAGUAACCUUCUUAAAGCAUAAUGUAAUUGAUGAGUAUGAUGAACAAUCUGAGGUUGCUGAACGACUUAGAAUCAAGACUGUUCCCCUCUUCCACUUCUAUAAAAAGGGAGUGCUGGUGGAAUCGUUCCCUACCAGGGACAAAGAGAGGAUUCUUGGAGCAAUUCUGAAAUACACUUCACCAGCAGCUCAAGACACCUAAGUUAAAUAUGGUUCUGUCCAGCCUCAAGCUCCUGUACAAAAGUAAUGUAAUGCUUUAUGUGGAGACAGAUUUGAUUAAGUGACAUAUAAGACAUAUUCAUCUGCAAUAAGAUAUAGGGUGUGCUUCAUUUGAAACAUAAA